AUGCUGCUGCCUUAUGUUAAGAAGCUUGAGACUUAUAUGAAGAGUGGUACAAGGCAUCCGCUUUAUCCCUGGUCUGUGGCUUCUAGGCUUCGCCAAUUCCCUUACGCAUGGUAUUAUCAGAACAACAAGUUCGUUCGGUACUAUGUGCUAUCGAUGUCUGUGUUUCUACCAUUUAGUGUUUACCUCCUCAUUAAGUUCCACUAUGUGAAGAAGAAGCUUACGCACAACUACGAUCCGUUUGACCCCAACGAAAUUCCUGCUAGCAAGUUGGGACGCCAUUGA